AGGGACGCUUCUGGUCGUUGUCAGCAACCGCCCAGCAACCAGGAAGCACGGGGGAAAAAACCAUCUUGAAGACGAAAACAAGCAUCUUUUAUGAAACUGUUAUUAGUGCAUGUAAACGGAACACGGCACCAAUACUGUUCGUCCUCAAUUAACUUUCGUGGUGAUUACCGUGUGUUUCCAACUUGCCAUGUAUCUCGGAGACGGACUGCUCUUUGAACUUCAAAAUGGAAAACCCAAGUUGAUUAUGGUCAACCACGCCGUCGAGAGGAAUCUUUUCAAGAAUUCCUUCACGCCUCACCAAACCUACAUCCUCAACAGCAGGCAGCCGCCCUGUGCGGAGAAUGUGCGGCCACCGCAUCCGGUGGGGCGGCGCCCGGCCGUGCAGCACUCGAAGGCUCCCAGAGGUGCCAAGGCACAGGCGGCAGGGAGCGAAACCUCCUUUAAGUCCAGCGGGGCAGCGGACAAAAUGCGAGCCAGUCAGAUGGCCUCCAAAACACGAGAGCAUCGUGCGGCGGCCACCAAAGUGGAAACUGCACCCAAGGAGGUGACGUCUGAGUUUCGGAAAAGCUGCUCUACCUCAGCCAAAGGAAUAGCCGCACAGUCUGAAAGAUGGGCUGAGACGUCCAACAUCAAGUUGAAACUAAAGGACUCGCUCAAUGAGAAAGGGCCGAAAGAUGUAGCGGCACGUUUGAGCGGCGAGCAGGUGCGACACAGUCUCAGUGAUGUCCAGCCCUCCAGCUACGACCAAUCCACUGCAGAGGAGCACAGAGUGUCCAGUCAGCAUGUAGAGGACGAAGUGGGAGGGCGAAAGAUGGACGACGACAGAGUAGGAUGGGGUGAAACCACAAGUGGAAAGUCACCACCUAACGAGAACAGGUCUCACGGAGUUCUGUUUGGCUGGCUGGAGCAGUGCGACACUAACAACAGAGCAUCAGUGGAAACCAAGAAGGCUCAGUGGAGGCAACAACUGAACGAGCAGGUUGGCUUGAAGCAGCAGCAACAACAACGUUGUUCAACCUCACUCGGGCUCCAGGCAGAGGAAGCAGGAAGCGCAUCUUCAGUUCAGCUGGAGGGUGGCCACAGAGAGCAGCCGGCAGCCAUCAGGUCAAGCCUUAGACUCGGGGCGGUGACUCCGAUGGAGGAGGCUUUGGUCUGGGAGAGGAGAGAGGAGCAGAGGAGGCUCUGGCUGGAGGGUCUGGACAAACAGAGGGAUGAGAUCAGUCAGCGGAGGAAGCGAGAGAAAAUGCUUCUCAAUCAGAGAGAAAAUCACGAGCUGUGGGCGGCACACUUUGACUCAUUGCAGCGCAAACCUCCUGCAGUGACUCUCGCCCCACCCGCGGCCCUUCCCGCGGCCCCACCCACGGCCCCACCCACGGCCCCACCCACGGCCCCAACCUUGGCCCCAACCUUGGCCCCCUCUGGCGACCGGGAGGCAUCGUCCAGCCUGUCCCUGAUGUGGGACACCUCCAGCAGCUGCGGAGGAGCAGAGAGUGCAGGCCGAGCCAGCGUGGACGCCGGCAGCAGCGACUACCCCACCAAGAGCAGCUAUCUGCGGAGCAUGACGGCCCUUCUGGACCCCGUCCAGAUGGAGGAGCGUGAGAGGAGGAGGCUCAAGCAGCUGGAGCAGCAGAGAGACAUCCAAACUCAGGUGGAGGAGCGCCGGCGGCAGAAGCAGGAAGAAGAGGCCAGGAGGAAAAAGGAGGAGGAAGAGGAGGAGAGGAGAAUCACGCUGGAGAGGGACCUGCUGUACAGGAGGCACCAGCAGGAGGACCUCAAGCAUCAGGAGAAACGCGAGGAGAAAAAGCAACCAAAGAUGCAAGAUAACGAUGGUGAUGCCAGAAAAGUGAAAGAGCCAACGGAUAUGCGCAUGUUACAUGCGGCCGCUAGUGUGGAGGACAAGAGAGACACGGCCGUGCAGACGGAAGUGGCCCUUCCGCCCGUCAGAGCAGAGUGCCCCCCACCUCGCAGCCGCCAGGACAGAGCAGGAAAGGAAAACGCCGGCGUGUCCGGAGGAGGAAAAGGAGGCGGGGCCUACGAGACGAGGAGGCCGGAGUGGAACACACACAGGCCGAGUCGACGCUUCGUUCCCGCAUCGGAGCGUUACCCGGCCACACUGCAAAGGAGCAGGCGGGAGAGUCGACUCAAGAGGCAGGAGGAGAUCCUCAAUUUGCAGCACAGGAACUGCCUCCCAGCAAGUCGGCCCCCGAGCCACAAGGUGGAUGCUGAUCGUACGAGCGUUUCCGCUAUAAGAGGGCGCUCUCCUCCCAUCACGCAACCUUCCUUGCAGUUCAUCCCAUAUGUCCGCACCGAUGAUGUCAUCCACUUGGACUCCACUGAGACGUCUGCCGCGCCCCCUCCUCACACCCACACAGCGCCAAGCUGGGCACCUCCUCCUGACGCCUCCUCGUGCUCUUCCUCCCCUGGAGAUCUUCUUGUCCUGCGUGGCAAACAGCGACAGCAGGAAAUCCUCAGAGGCCUGACGCAACUACGACAGGGUUUGCUUCAGAAGCAGAAGGAGCUGGAGAGUGAGGUUCGACGUCACGGCAACGAGCUAUUGUCUCCCUCCAAAUGUUAGACGGGCACAACAUUACCUCGGGAUCACUUUUUCCUCCUACGUUUCAAGUCCGGCGGCCAACACCAACCGACGUGUUUCAGAGUCGCCCACCACUGAUGAAGCAACAAUGCAGUUUGCUGGGUUCUGCGUAAAAGGCCGAACGUCAAUAAAUGGCAUUUUUGCAAGAUGAGUGAAAAGGGCACUGCUCUGUCUCACAUUGUUUUAAAUUGCAUUUUCUUGUAUAUAAAAGUUUAGAA